GUUUCUUGUGAUUUCUCAACUUGAAACGGAGCGGUGCGGAAAUCAAAGGAGAAGAAAGGUGAUGAUUUUUUAAAGACAAAAAAAAAAAAGUAGAAAAAAGUGGGAUUAUCAAUCAUUCUUCAGAGCCGGCUUAAAAAAAAUUUGAUCUCUCUCAAUUUACAUGUUAAACCAGCAACAAUUUGACCCCAAUUCCUCCUCCAUCACAUCAAACAAAAAAUCCAACAAAAUUAUUAUCGUACAAAAGCAAAAGCAGCAGCAAUUUUACUUAUCUUGUGAUAGAAAAAUGCAACGCUCAUUCCACUUUGCGUUCAUCGUUCAUCUUUUUGUUCUUAGUUUAAGUAGCAAUUUGGCUUUGGGAACGGGGCAAAUUCCACGUCCUCGAGGUGUUGCCAUAUCCAAAACAAGUCUCUAUCCGCCCCGAGAUGAAUUUGUUUGUUUCAAUGGACUUAAAACCAUAAGCUACCUCCAGAUAAAUGAUGACUUUUGCGACUGUCCCGAUGGCAGUGAUGAACCGGGAACAUCAGCGUGUCCCGAGGGUAAAUUCCAUUGCACAAAUGCCGGCUUUAAGCCGAAAAACAUUCCAAGCUCUCGAGUGAAUGAUGGCAUUUGUGAUUGUUGCGAUGCCAGCGAUGAAUAUGGAUUUGAGAAUAGUAAAUGUAUAAACACUUGUCUAGAACUCGGCAAAGAGGAGCGUCAAUUACAAAAGAGUAGACAAGAAUUGGCUAAACGGGGAAUCACUUUGAAAGCUGAACUUAGUUCAAAGGGCAAAGCGAUGCGAGAUGAACGUGACGUCAGACUGGCAGAGUUGCAAAAUCGACGACAAGAAACUGAAGCCAUUCGGGAGGAGAAACAGAAUUUGAAGAAACAAGCUGAAGAUAUUGAAACGGAAGCAUUGCAGGUUUAUAAAGAAAUUCAGGAGACUGAGAAGCAGGAGAAGACGAAACAACAAGCUACCGAGAAUGAAAAUGAAGCACAACUGACUUUUCUUAAGUUCGAUUCGAACAAGGAUGGAUUUAUUGAACUUGCUGAAUUACAGACCAGAGCAUCAUUCGAUAAGGAUCGUAAUGGAGAGGUAUCUGAAGAAGAAGCUCGUUUCUUCCUCGAUGAAAAGGAUCGUGUAGACCAAGAACACUUUGUUUCAAUUUGCUGGGCCAGAAUCAAGCCAUAUCUCAUGUUAGAUGCCGGUCUCUUCAAACCUCCACAGUUAGACGGUGAACAACAUGACGAUGAAGACCAUUAUCAAGAAACCGAUACCGAACCCCAAUUAAUUGAACCAUCUCAAGCUGACGAUCAAGAAGAAGAAGGAGAAGCAGGAUAUGAGCCCGAAGAAGAAGACGAAGAGGGUGAAGAAACUGGCGAAGGUGCUGCUGAAGAAGUAACACAACCAAAACCAGAUUAUGAUCCAGAAACACAAAAAAUUAUCGAGCAAGCAAAUGCAGCAAGAAAUGCUUUUGAUGAGGUCGAACGUCAAAUACGUGAAAUUGAUCAAGAAAUCAAAGAAAUUCAAGAGCAAGCCAACAAAGAUUAUGGAACAUCAGAUGAAUUUGCUCCACUCGAAGGCCAGUGCUUCUCGUAUGAAGACCGUGAAUAUGUUUACAAACUAUGUCCGUUCGAUAGAGCAUCACAACAGCCAAGAAAUGGUGGUGCAGAAACUAGACUGGGAUCAUGGGAUCGGUGGUCAGGAUCAGAACAAAAGUACAGUCAAAUGCUCUAUUCCAAUGGAGCUUCCUGCUGGAAUGGUCCACAAAGAUCAGCUGUCAUUAAAUUAGAGUGUGGCUUAGAUCACAAAGUGACCGGAGUGUCUGAACCCAAUCGAUGUGAAUAUCACAUGGUAUUUGAGACUCCAGCUGCCUGUGAGAAUCCUAACGAUUCUGCUGACGAUGGAAUGCACGAUGAGCUCUAAUAUUAAGAAUUUGAUAUUCCCAGUUUGAUUUUUUUAUUUAUUUAAAAACAAAAACAAACAAACAAAUUGGUCCAGAUGGUUUUGAAAAUCCCACCAUCAUUUUAUUAAUAUUUAUCCAUCAUUCACAGAGAAGAGUUUUUUUUCCAUUCAUUCAAAGAAAACAAAUUUAAUUUGUCAUUUCAGUUUUUA